GGAAUUUGUAUUUUAUGUUCAUGCUGAUUUGCAUGAUGCUUGCAUCAGUUGUAAUAAAAAACCUAAUGAGGGUCAACCAAUAUCCCGAGCAGCUUUUCAAGCUGAAAUUAUGUCUGUUUGUCAAAGCAAGACAUGGGAGGCUAAAAUUAUAACAAGCGCCUUUUGGGUUAAUGUAGUUCAAGAGAAUAUCUAA